CGGGCCGGCGGCCGGCCGCGGAGGAUGCCGAGGGGCGGCGACGCAGGCCGGACUCAGCCGGGGCGGCGGGGAGGGCGCCGCCCGAGGGGGUAGGGCGGCCGCGGGGGCGCGCUCGGGCCGGGCCGCGCGCCCUGCGCUCCGCUCGCUCGCUCGCUCGCGCCCUCCUUCCUCAGCGGCGGCGGCGGCGGCGGCAGCACAAGGCGGCGGCGGCGGCCGGGGAGCAGACAUGGCGGCCGACCUGAACCUGGAGUGGAUCUGCUCACUGCCGCGCUCCUGGACGUACGGGAUCACUAGGGGCGGCCGCGUCUUCUUCAUCAACGAGGAGGCCAAGAGCACCACCUGGCUGCACCCGGUCACCGGCGAGGCCGUGGUCACCGGGCACCGGCGGCAGAGCACAGAUUUACCCACUGGCUGGGAAGAAGCAUAUACGUUUGAAGGUGCAAGGUACUAUAUAAACCACAAUGAAAGGAAAGUGACCUGCAAGCAUCCAGUGACAGGGCAGCCAUCCCAGGACAAUUGUAUCUUUGUUGUGAAUGAUCAGACUGUUACAACCAUGACAUCUGAAGACAAGAAGGAGCGACCCAUAAGUCUGAUAAAUGAAGCUUCCAAUUACAACAUGGUUUCAGACUACACAGUGCAUCCUAUGAGCCCCGUGGGCAGGACAUCACGGGCCUCCAAAAAGGUUCAUAAUUUUGGGAAAAGGUCCAAUUCAAUUAAAAGGAACCCUAAUGCACCUGUGGUGAGGCGUGGCUGGCUGUAUAAGCAGGACAGCACUGGAAUGAAGCUGUGGAAGAAGCGCUGGUUCGUGCUCUCCGACCUUUGCCUUUUUUAUUACAGAGAUGAGAAGGAGGAGGGUAUUUUGGGAAGCAUCCUGUUGCCUAGUUUUCAGAUAGCCAUGCUUACUGCGGAGGACCACAUCAAUCGCAAAUAUGCUUUUAAGGCAGCCCACCCAAACAUGCGGACCUAUUACUUCUGCACCGACACAGGGAAGGAGAUGGAGCUGUGGAUGAAGGCCAUGCUUGAUGCUGCUUUGGUGCAGACCGAGCCUGUGAAAAGAAUUACCUUUAACUUCCGAGUGGACAAGAUUACAACUGAAAGUGCAUCAACUAAAGAAACCAAUAACAUUCCCAACCACAGAGUUCUCAUUAGACCGGAGGUCCAAAACAAUCAGAAGAAUAAGGAAAUAAGCAAAAUUGAAGAAAAAAGGGCCUUAGAAGCUGAAAGAUACGGAUUUCAGAAGGAUGGGCAAGAUAGACCAUUAACAAAAAUUAACAGUGUGAAGUUGAACUCCCUGCCCUCAGAGUAUGAAAGCGGGCCAGACUGCCCGCCUCAGAAUGUACACUACAGACCCGCCAAUGUCAAUAGUUCUGACGGCAAAGCAGGGAAUGUCAGCUUGGCAGAUGUCCGGGGAGGGAGUCACCCAAAUGCAGGGCCCCUCGCCACAGAGGCUGAUCGAGUCAUUCAGAGAACAAAUUCAAUGCAGCAGCUGGAGCAGUGGAUUAAAGUCCAGAAAGGACGGGGUCUUGAAGAAGAGCCCAGAGGAGUAAUUUCUUAUCAAACAUUGCCAAGGAACAUGCCAAGCCACCGAGCCCAGAUCCUGGCCCGCUACCCUGAAGGUUACCGGACACUCCCAAGAAACAGUAAGACCAGGCCCGAGAGUAUCUGCAGUGUCACCCCUUGUGGCCUUGAGAAGACAGGGCCUGGAGCGGAGGAGAAGCGGCGGUCCAUGAGGGACGACACCAUGUGGCAGCUGUACGAGUGGCAGCAGCGGCAGUUUUUCCACAAGCAGAGCACCCUCCCUCGGCACAGCAGCCUGGGCAGCCCGAAGGCCAUGGUGAGGGGGUCUGAGCAGACCAUGCCCUCCAUUCCCACAUCACCUUCCCACGGGUUAGCAGCUGCUGCUUACCAGGGCUUCUCCCCUCAGCGGACAUACAGGUCAGAGGUGUCCUCACCAAUCCAAAGAGGAGAUGUGACGAUAGACCGCAGGAGCAGGCCCCACCACCCCAAGCAUGUCUAUGUACCUGACAGGAGGUCAAUGCCAGCCGGCCUAACCUUUCAGGCUGUUAGUCCUCAGAGCCUCCAAGGCAGAACGCCAGAGGAGCUUACGUUGCUGCUCAUAAAGCUGCGGCGGCAGCAGGCAGAGCUGAGUAGCAUCCGGGAGCACACCUUAGCACAGCUCAUGCAGCUCAAACUCGAGGCCCACAGCCCAAAGAAUGAAAUUCUUUCACAUCAUCUCCAAAGGAACACCAUUUAUUUGGAUCAUCAGCUGUCACAAGAUGAAUGUAGAGGCACAUUGUACAAGUACAGACCUGAAGAAGUAGAUAUUGAUGCCAAAUUAAGCAGAUUGUGUGAGCAGGACAAAGUGGUCCGUGCGUUGGAGGAGAAGCUGCAGCAGCUACACAAGGAAAAGUACACGCUCGAGCAAGCCUUGCUGUCAGCCAGCCAGGAGAUAGAGAUGAACGCAGACAACCCAGCUGCCAUUCAAACUGUGGUGCUGCAGAGGGACGACCUGCAGAACGGCCUGCUAAGCACGUGUCGGGAGCUGUCCCGAGCCACUGCUGAACUGGAGCGAGCCUGGAGAGAGUAUGACAAGUUAGAAUACGAUGUGACUGUCACCAGGAACCAGAUGCAGGACCAGCUUGACCGCCUCGGAGAAGUGCAGAGUGAGUCGGCAGGAAUUCAACGGGCACAGAUUCAGAAAGAACUGUGGAGAAUUCAAGAUGUCAUGGAGGGGCUGAGCACGCACAGACAGCAGAGAGGCUCUUCAGAAGCAGGUCUGGCGGGAUCAAAGCCCUUCUCAUCAGUUAAGUUCAAGAGCGAGGAAGAGGAAGUAGUCCCACCUCGGCCUCCACUUCCUCGGUCUUAUGACUGUACAGAGCAGCCUCCCAUAGUCCCCCCUCUGCCCAGUGAUAGCAGCUCCUUGCUCUGUUAUAGCAGGGGCCCCGUGCAUCUGCCUGAAGAAAAGAAGAUUCACCAAGCCCAAGGAUAUCCAAGAAAUGGAUCUCACUGUGGUCCAGAUUAUAGACUCUACAAGAGUGAGCCAGAGUUAACCACAGUGGCAGAAGUUGACGAAUCUAAUGGAGAAGAAAAACCAGAGCCAGUUUCUGAAACGGAAGCUCCCGUCAUUAAAGGUUCCCACUUUCCAGUCGGAGUUCCUGUAAGAACAAAGUCACCUACCCCGGAGUCCUCCACAAUAGCUUCCUAUGUGACCUUGAGGAAGACCAAGAAGAUGGUGGAGCUCAGAACGGAAAGACCAAGAAGUGCCGUGGAACAGCUGUGUCUGGCUGAGAGUGCUCGACCGAGGAUGACUGUGGAGGAGCAGCUAGAGAGGAUCAGGAGGCACCAGCAGGCCUGCCUGAGAGAGAAGAAGAAGGGGCUGACCGUCCUGAGUGCUUCCGACCCGCCUCCCUCGCAGAGUCCUUCCGACGUGAGGGACAGUCCUCUCAGGGUUGCUCAGACUCUAAGGAGGGGUGAGAACAGUAAGGAGCUAGACACCGUCCACAGAGAAGACGAUGCAAAGCCAGAAUGUGAGACUCCAGCCGCAGAAUCUGCUCUCCUUGAAGAAGCUGAGCCCCAGAAUACAGACAUCAGCAGGAAGGUCAAAGUUCAGCUAAAAAGAACUGAAAGUAUUUUUUAUGAAAUGCUUUACACACCUGAACCAAAUGGAAUGGCUUCUGAGGACGUGCUGGCUAAGGAAAGGCAUAAAGAGCAGGCGCAUGCAGAGGGGUCAUGCAGCCCUCAGGAAGAGGCAGCCAUGACAAACCAUGAGGCAAAAGCCCCGCCUGAAGAAGCAGAGAGUCUUCGUGAAGAGGAGGAAAGUCUCGCUUCCUAUGAGCCAGCUCCUGAGAGUCCUAGAGAGAGUCAGACCACAGUGAAAAGUCUGUCUCCGUCUCCUGACUCCUCCACGGCAGCAGACCCGCCCACUCCGCCACAGCUCCCAGAAGGAUCGCAUUUCAUGUGUGUGUAGUCUCAGAACUGCACUGACGUCUGUUGAGAGCACACAGAGCUGAACCUGUGGACCUCAGUGGUGUAAGAAGAUGCACAGUAUACCUUAAAUCUAUGAAAUUCAUAGUUCAGAUGCUUCUGACCACAGAGCAUCAUUUUAUCACCUUUGGAAAAUGUUUAUUCCAAAAUAGCUUUAAUGGCCCGUAUGUGCACUCCGUAGUGUCCAGGUCACUGUCCUCCGCCGGCUUGCUGCCGUGAGUUCAGAGCGUGUCAGUCAGUCGGGUGCUUUCUCCCUCGCUCCACUCCACUCCGCUCCUCAGAGCUUGCGUGGUUGCAGUUCCCAGGUCUGAUGCUUGAGUCUCAGUGACCUGGGGUUUCUUUUGCUUUCAGGGAGGCUGCACUUCCUGGGCGUGCUCUUCCCUUCUCUUCUUCCCAUUUCGGCUUCUGCAGUGCUUCAUUUGACACUUGAUUUGUAAAAAUUUUAUAUAAAUAUAUUUAAAAUGUGCCACUUUAUCACUGCUUAGUGAAGUCUGUCCUGUUUCCGGCGCUAACCCCCUCAGUGAGACUGCACCGUCAGCAGUCCUGCCGCACUCCAUCCGCUUCCACGCAAAUGCCGUUCUUAGCUUUUCUUUAAGAAGCCAAACAAUUACAAGCAUAGGUAUUUUGAAGUACUGGACAUUCACGUCCCUGGGAUAGAUGUGUACAGCAAUAAGCAGGCUUUCAGAUCCAGUACUUGUUUGUGUACAGAUGUAAUUAUGCUCACUGUGUAGAAGUCACACAGUGAGCACAUGUGAUACGGAUGCUCACUCUAGUUAAUGCAGAUGUUCAUAGCUCAUUUCUUUUUUAUCAUGUUAAAUAAAUGUUGAUGUUCUUAAA